CUGCCUCCAUGCUGCUGGUUUCAGGAAGCGGAAGCAGGAAUGUCGGAGUGUUUUUUUCAGAAAAGUUUGUACAAGUUUGACAGUUUGGCAGCAGAGGCACACACUGUGGAGGAACAUGAAGGUGUGUUACGUGUUGCUGAUGUUGCUGUAGAGUUGUCAGUCUUCUCUGACUGACAGACUAAACAGGCACACAGACAGGCAGAUAUGGAGAGUGGAGUUCUUGGGAUGGACACUGGCACUGCUCCAGAUCCCUUAGUGCAGCCAGACUGCAACGUAGCCUGUCUGCGGCGUCGGGCCUGGGCCCAAAGCAGAGACUCUAUCUGGCAAGAGCAAGAACCAGAGUGCUGUGGCUCCCAAGGGCCCCAACAGAACCAGAGGGAUGGGGAAGAAAAGAGACCCUCAGAAGAACCAGGGCAAGUCCCAAACAAGAUAACCAGCUGGCUGAUUGAAUGCAGGACUCCCCUCGGAGCCUCUCUAGAUGAUCAGAGUGCUUCUCCUAUUAGAGGAGCACCGAGGAACGGCUGCAGCUUUGAAGAUGACCUUUCACUUGGAGCAGAAGCCAACCAUCUCCAGUCUGGUAACAAUAAAACUGAAUCCCGCUUUGGUCUUGCAGCAGAUCAGAAGAGGAGUCGGUAUAAAGAAGGAGGAAGAAGUAUGAACUCUACAGGAUCAGGGAAGAGCAGCACUGUGUCUAGUGUUUCAGAGGUGCUGGAGCAGUCAGAGAAGCUUCCCGAGGAGAUCCUCCUUAACCUGCGUGUCUCAGAGCUGCUGGACCUGUAUGAGGAGGACCCUGAGGAAAUCCUUUUCAAUCUUGGGUUUGGUCGAGAAGAACCCGACCUUGCCUCGAGGGUUCCAUCUAGGUUCAUCAACAACGCUUCCUCUGCCCGAGGCAUCGACAUCAAGGUCUACCUGGGAGCUCAGCUGCAGCGCAUGGAACUGGAGAACCCCAACUAUGCUCUGACCAGUCGUUUCCGUCAGAUCGAGGUUUUAACUACAGUAGCUAACGAGUUCUUCCAGCUCUACAGUCAAGUUUCUGGUCAGCCUGUUCAGUGCUUCAGCUCCAAGGACCAAGGAGGGGAAGGAGGAGAAGGUGGGGGUAAAGAGUCACCUCCUGCUCUGAAGAGGAACAACUCGGCUCGUAAUGUUGCCAAACUCCUCAAGAAAACCAUCAGCAGACACAACCUGCAUUCAGCCGCCUCUGAGUCAACUGAAGCACACACACCUAACACACAACACACACAGGUGAAUGGGCAAACCCCCUCUAAUCACACAAAUACCAACGGUCAUGCACACACCGUGCAAGAGCAGGACAGCUGUACUACUGACCAUGACCACCAGGUGGAGACAGUCAACCAGAAACACAACCGCAAAAAAGACAGCUGCUCCCUGGCAACAGUAACAGAGGAAACCAGCGGGGACGGAGAGGCAGAGGACAGCCCUGAACAGAGCAGCACCAGACCAACGGCCAAUGGAGAGCAUCAACCAGAGGCAGCUGACAUUCAGUCAGCCAAUCAGAGGACAGAUGAUGGAACGCAGGUGGUCAACGAGGUGCAGGAGGAGAAGAACCUAACCUCAACCCCAGAGAAAGCUCCUCCCACCCUGGCUCCACUCCAGCUGGCCCAGCUUCGCACAGAAAACGCAGACUCUUUCGACAUGGAGGAGAUUCAGAGUAACGACGACGAAGCUAUGCCACUCAGAUCUUCCAGAACCACUGACCUGUUGAGGACAGUCAGUCAGCAGUCAGACAGCAGUGGAUUUGCUGAGGAGCCCUCUGCCGACUCCAACAGUUACCUGAAGGUGCAGGAGAGCAGUGACAGCUGUGACAGCGAGACCACUGUGACAUCACACCCUUCUCAAGAUGUGGCGACGCCCCUUGCAGUGGACCAACCAGCAUUUGUGCUGCCAGAUGGCACAGAGGAAGAAGCGGAAUGCAAUGGAGCUUCUGAGGCUGAUGGGAAUAGUAGUUCCAGGGUAGAAGAUGAGCGUUAUGGAAGCUCAGAGCAGGUUCCACAAUAUUCAGCUCAUCAGCUCCCCAGACAACCAAUGGGAACGCAGCAGGAUGAGGCCCAGGAUGAGGACCAAGUUGAUAAUCGGGACCGGACUGAGUCUGAAACAGAACAGGAGAUAACGUGUGCUGCAGAACAAGAACCACAACCAGAGUUAGAACACAUGCAGAAGCAGCUUGCUUCAAAACAAGAACCACAACACUCUCAAAACAAGACUGAAACUGCCACGGACACAAAAUCACCAACAGAGGAACUAGAUGCUGAGGACAGGGCCCAAGAAGAGCAUGCAUUCUUGGAUGAUUCCGGUUCACCCUGUCCCACUAUUCCAUCCUCUCCGGUUCUCAGCGCUCUUGAACGAGCGAAACGGCACCAGCUGAGUCGGGCAGGGUGGCAGGCUGACCCCCAGUCAGUUGAGGAAUCCCAAAUCCAAGGGAGAGGACAAGGAAGAGGGCGGGGACGAGGCUGUAUUCCCCUACAGAGGUCCUCCUCCCUGCCCUCCUCGCUCCUGUCGCCCUCAAGGGUUGUGUCCUCUGUAAGGAUCCAGUUUGGACGAGGCCAGGCAUCCUGCACUGAGCCCAGGUACUCCUUCAGAUACACCCAGGAGUCCGAAGGGGACAAGGAAGAGAAAGAGGAGGAUGUGGACGGACAAACGAACUGUCUGUCUACUCUGAUCAUAAACCCUGCCUCUUCAUCUGACUCUAUUAACCAACCAAGGCAUACCAGAGAAGCUGUAGUCCCACCUAAACCCAUCCCACGAUACCUGAUGCGAUCAUCCUACUCCUUGCAGAGCUCUAGCCCUCCUCCUGAUUGGUCACCAGGAGGCCAUGCUCAAUCUUGGAGCACCCAGAGCGUCCCUGAUCUCUCCUUCAGUCAGCAGCAGCCAGGCCAGUUCCAACAGAAUAUGAACACCAACCAAAUCCAGCAAAGUUGGUAUCCAGGGCAGAUGAUGUUCCCCAAUGCUAACCCUGCUGCUCAGUACUUAAACCCAAGCCCCAAUCCUAGUCCUAGCCUUAAUCCCAGCCCUUUCCUCUUCACUCCAAACCCUUCUCCACAGUACCCCUCCCCUCUCCAGCCAUAUACCAGCCUCCCUAACCUCCAUCACCAGCACAGUCCCACCUUGGUUCACCAUUCUAGUCUCACAAGUCUCCACCAGCCUACAACCCCCACAAUCCCCCAGCAUGGCAGCCACUUGAACUUGCACCAGCCAUCAACUUCCACCGAUCAUCACUAUACCAGUCUGGGAAACCUCCAGGGCGUCAAUCCUCUGUACAGUCAUCACUCACCUUACCACACCACACCUCACAGCUCGCAGUUUGCCUCACCCUACCUCGGUUUCCAUGGGUACCAUAUGAAUCCACACUUGGCGUUUCCCCACCCCGUCACCCAGUGUCCGCCGUUGGCUCCAGAACACGGCCUCCACCCUGGGCUCGCUCCUUCUGCUUCAGGCUAUCUUCCAGGCUUGGCCUCAACCCUCUGCCCGGGUCACAGCCUCCACCCGGGGCUCACUCCUCCUGCUCCAUCCAGCACUGAGAUGCAGCUGAGGAAAGUUCUGCAUGACAUCAGAGGAACCGUUCAGAGUCUUAGCCAGACUCCAGACCCGUUCAGUGAGCACAGAGCAGCUCUGCCCAGCCACCAGUCCUUGGCAGAGUUUCAGCAGAAGAGGCGGAGUCUGAACAUGUUCCGCAGUCAGAUGAUGGACCUGGAGCUGUCAAUCAUCCGACAGCAGGCUCUAGUCUACAAACACCUGAGCCCUGCUGACAGGCUGGAGUUGGAGCAGCUUCAGUCCCUGAGGUCAGCGGUCAGAGAGGAGCUGCAGGAGCUGGAACAACAGCUGGAGGACAAACUGAUGGAGCUCACACAUCACACUCAGUGCAGGGGUCUCCAUAGUGAAAGCAGUAUUGACAGUCUGUCCACUGUCUCUGCACUGAGAGCCAUGGAACCGGUGUCAGACCUCCUCAGAGAACAGCACUUCCUGCAGUCUGAGAUCAGCUACGGUGGUCAAGCGUCCUCCACCAACCCCUCCUCCCGAUCUUCCAGCCCAGUCCGAGUGGAAAGAGAGGAGCGCGAGCAGAGAGGAGGCACGUAUAGAGCAUCAAUUAACAUAACGCCGGCACCACCACCUCGGCCAAACACACAUACUGAGGAGGAGGAGGUGGAGGAGGAGGACGGAGAUGGGGACAGAGGAGGACGAAGAGAAGGAGCAGGACAAGAACUACCAGAUGUGGAGGGAGCAGCAGGAGGAGUCAAAGCGGAGAACCUGCAGCAGCUCAUCAAAGAGAUACGAGAGAGCAUAGCGCAGGAGGUCCGACGGGAGAUCUACAGCGAGCUGCUGGCUACCAUGUCGCCACGGCAAUCGCCACUGCCCGCAAGGCAACACCCCCUGUAGUCACGUCAUCAGCAGAGCACCGCCCCUUUCACCUUCAGCCUGAGCAGCAACACUGUCUGUCUGCAACACUGUAUAGCUGAGUAACACUGUAGGUCUGUAACACUGAUGAUGAAAUGAACACAUAGCUUACAUGCUAUAAACCUCACUUGCCCCACCUGUUGACUGGCCUCAGACAGGACGCAGGGUGGGACAAGGUUGUUUAUGUGCUCUAGUGUGCCGGUGUGAUGCAUGCUGGGAACACCAGUCUGGACCAACAUGUCCCUGUGAAGCAUUCGCGAUAAUGUGUUACUUUUUCAUCACAAUUUCUUUUCCUAACAGAGCCAGACCUAAAACUCCUUCCAGUGCCACUAAUACUAUUAGUACUACAUCUAGUACUUCAACAGUAUAUUCACUACUAGAGAUAAUGUCAGGACAUGAGCAAAAAAUAUGUCCUAAUGAUGAUUAGUUUAAUAGUUGAUCCUCAGUAGCUUGUAACUUAAACAUUCAUCACUGUCAAAAACUGUGGAUAGACCUGUCUAUAAAGGACACUACUGUGAAAAAAUCACAAACUCAUAAAGGUUAAACGUACUCAAUGUAAACUGGUUAUAACUCCUGAAAACUGUUGGCUCACUCAAAUGAGAAAAAGGACAUUUACUCCCUUCCUGCUGUUUUUUUUUUUUUUUUUUGUAGUUCCAGGUUUUAAAAUCUCUGUGGAUUUCUGUUUACAACUUCAUACAGUGAAGGUGAAUUCAGUUUAGUUUCAUUGGGAGUCUGUCAUAGGAAGUAGGACGUUUGGGAAAUGUUUUUAAAGGUUAUAACCCUCAAGAUUUCUGUCCUGGUUGAUUUAACAAUAUUUAAACCUGAUAAACUGGUGCUGAAAUGCCAAAAACUACCACGUCUUAUUUUGUAGACACUAUUCAGAUGAGAUACGACAGUCAGUGCUAACCCUGCUGACAAUUACAUUGCAUUUCCUGUGACUGAUUCCCAGUAAACCCACCUGGUGUUUCACAGCUGCACUGGGAAAUCUUGUGGUUGCAUUAGCAACUCAGGUACUUGGAGUACCUUAGUUGCGUCAUUUGAUGCCUUGGCACCAGGCACGAGACACCAGGACAUGGAUCCAUUUUUGAUCCAUGGCGGUUUUAUAUUUGCAAAGCUUCCAAAAGUGAUUUAAUAUCUGUGAUCUGUGAUGUCAUUACAAUGUAAAGUCUAAGGGCAACGGGAACUCGCAGGCGGAGCCGACGGGAGAAAUUCAAUGGGAUGCAUAAACUCAUAGGUGUUAAACCCAGAAGCCAGAAAAUGUUUUUGGCAUAUGCACUAGGUGAGCGAUUUCCAUUGGUUUGAAUUUGAAACGCUCACAAAGUAGACCAAGUGUUUGCAGACUUUCUCCAAUAUAGCAAAAGAGCUCAGUGAAAUUUGCUUCUGUAGCAAUUAAAAAAAAAAAAGAAAAGCCAGGCAAUUGUAAUAUACCCGUCUUCAUUUUAACAUGACACUGUUUAGUUUGAAUAUUUCAGGAGUUUCCAGUGGCGUUGCAUUGCAUUGGACAUCCCCUGAUUUGCAUGAAGAAGCCAGAAUUAACCUUUGUGCAAAUGAGGAGCGGGCAGCAUGGGUGCACAGUGCCUCGUCUCUCAAAACCUAUACAAUGCUCCGCUACCAGAAUGUAUUGCACUCCUACAAUACAUAGACAGUGAAUGGGAGGUAUGAAAAUGAUGGAUCCUGUGGACCAUUAAUUCUUCCAAUUCAACUGGAGGACAGUGAACGCUAAACAUUGCGACUGAUACCAUUGUGUGUACGUUGGUCAUUUGAAUCACGUGCAUUAGUGGUGGACUCCCCCAUUGACAGUAAAAAAAUUGCCACAUCGAGAGGAAAUCACAGAAUACAAAUACAUACUGACCACAAAUUAUAUCAACAACAGGGUUAUAUUCGAUGAAAAUCCGAUUUGAUGGAAAAAGGUUUUAACUUUCAUUGAUAUUUUCCAUGCUUUUCCACUGCCACAAAAUAAAUUAUUGUGUCUUCCAUGGAGGCUGAGAUCUUAGCGAGAGAUAUCUCAAAACAUUGACCACUGAAAUCAAAAGUCUGCAUGGCGAGAUUCCACCAGAGGGAGAUGUGACUUGGCUGAAUUGAGCCUUUAACAUUUUAUCAGACCAACACAUGGGAGACUGACUUGCCUUAAAAAUACUGGAAAUGCCUUAAUAAUGUUUUCUGAUGAUCUAUGCUCUCACAUCUUUUAUAAAGGGGUUACAUUCCUCGUUCUUCAAUAAGAGUUGAGUCAGCUGAGGUUCAAACUGAGCUUUUACAGCGGUUCCAUGCACAUUUCAUCAAUGUAAAGGAUUCAAAGCUUUGAGGACUAAAAUUAAUGGAUUAUGAUUCUACAGCUGUCAACAUUCCUUCAUCAUCAUCAUCAUCGUCAUCGUCAUCGCCACCAUCAUGUUCGUUAUGCUUGUGUUCCUCUUGCCUUUUAUUUUUUAUAGUUAAAAGCCCAGGUCUACCAAAAGUUCAGUCACCAACCAUUAGUUAGAUAUUUAGCUGAUGAGAAAAGAUCACCAAAAGUGAAUUUGUUUCUCAAAUUAUCAAAGCUCUAAAAGACACAGCAAAUACAUCACAUCAGAAACCCUGUGGAAUCAGUAUUAGAAGCAGGCCUGAAGAACACGACUUAUGAAAUUCUAUGUGCACCCUCUGGCAGUUGUUGGUCAACAACUACAUCGGCUCAAUAAAGAAGAUUUCUGUUUUGAUUGAGCAAGCAAAGCAAUUUCUCCUUGGUUUCACUCUUUGUGCUAAGCUAGGCUAAUCAUGAUCUCAUUGUAAAGAUUUCACAAAACAAUGGACUGGUCCUUUAAUGCUCAGUCUUUGUUUUGUAUGUGUGUGUUAGCUGGUUGUUACUGUGCAGGUUAUAAUGUUAGAGUGUGAUGUCAUGAGGUACUGUGGAGGGCAGGCGUAGAGAUAGAGAGAUACUCUGCAGCGGUAGGUUUUGGUAAGUUGUCAUGGCGACAGUGAUAAUGUCAAAGUUGUUGAUGAUGAUGAUGAUGUGAUGACCUCAAGGGAGGGGGAAUGUUAUCCAUCAUGGGUGAGUACGUGGUUAAGCCCAAACCUUAGCCUCAUUAGCAUUUUAGCCACAUCAGCAUGUUAGCUGCAAACUGUCUGAUGACAGAUCUGUGUGCAAUAACAAGGACAUACUUACUGAUUACUGGUAAGACAUCAGUGAGUCAGGACUAACAUUUCAUAUGUGAUCAGUAACCCUACAAACUAAUCUUCAGCUUGCUGAUUUUAUUGAGAGAUGGAUUGUUUGUUUGUUUUUCAUCUUUGCACAAAAUACACAGGACUGAUUGACCACUGAACAAUUAAUUACUAACUACCAAUCACCAAGCCUCUGUUGUCUUCAGCAUUUAGCCUGUCAGUCAAGACAGAACACUCCUAAAUACCUCUUUUUUAUCUUCUUUAUGGAACAACUAUUCUGAAAUUUUCACACAAACUAUCGUUAGAAUCAAAAUAACUGAAAGCUGAAUUCUUGGAAACGUAUGUAUUGACUUUGUGUUUUUUUGUGGAUGCUCGUCCUUGAUCUGUGGAAACAAUGUAUGGUGAAUAGAUUUUAAGCUCAAACGUGCAGUUAAUAAUGAUUCUGAGCUUUCAGCCAGUCUCCGUUCAGCUAUUGGAGCUGGUUCAAGUUUCAUCAUGGAAACUAAGUCAUCGAUCAUUGUUUGGGCCUUUGAACUCAGAUUCUUUUCACCAUUUAUUGACUUUGUGUGUUUAGAAAACUUUUAUUUUCAUAUUCACUGAUCACAAACUCUGCUCUGCUGGACCAACACUCACUGUGAGCUCUGAAGCUCAACAUGCUUCUUUUGUUUUUACUGAUCAAGAAUCCUUCACACACUUCUAAUUACACUUACUGUCUUACUGUUGGUGUUUAUGAAUUUCUUUUGAUGUCAAUUAAUGAUAAUGUGUAUUUUGUAUUGAUGUCUUGUCAGUGGGAUGCAGGGGAAGGAUCACUCUGUAGAGAUGAGAAUAAUAAAGAUGUAUUUAUUUUCAGUACA